AUGGUGCAAAUGUUCAUCUACGCUAAUAUGGAGACGAUCGGCUCCAUGUACACCCAACAGAUGUUCAACCUUACCCGAACGGAAACUACUGAAUUCAACUCUGUCUUAGUCUCGUUAUCCGGUUUUAUAGGAUUCGCUUUUCUACUCACCUAUGUAUGGACGAAACUGGGAAAACGGGUUGACAAUCGUGUCGGAGUUUUGGCUGGAAUCUUCAUUUGUGUGACAUUUUUGUUCACAACUUAUUCAUGGCCAUUCUAUACGGAAAACGUUGAAAGUGAUGAGUGCCACUCACCGUGGUGCGCAUCAACUCCAAAAAUACCAUGGUUGCUCUAUUCUGGCUCCUACGUGCUAGUCUUCGGUAUCGGCUUUGCCUUAUUGAAUGUUCAUCUGGCUGCAAUGUACUCUGGGGUUCUCGGACCCCGUCGGCAAGGUACGAUGCAUGGAAUCAAUUCCCUCUUGGCCAGCUGUAGUAGAGUUCUUGGACCAGUUGCUGUAACGUAAGU